CACACAUUUACACAUGCAUGCAUGCACACACACACAUUCUGGCACGCACAUCCUUCUGCACACACACAUUGCACCGGGCUGCAAGACAGGCAAGAUCAAGCGGAGAUGGCAGCUGGGGGUAACCUGAAAAUGCUUCGUUUGGGGAAGAGAGGAUGGGAAGAGGGCAUCUACCCAGACAUGCAGGCUGGUGCAAUGAAAGGUACCCGAGAUGCUGCCCACACCGCUGCGAGGGAAUUCAUCAAAUUCUUAAACCGGGGUGUCUCGCCAUAUCACGUGGUUGAUGAGUGCAAGACGCGACUUUUACAGGCAGGGUUCCAGGAACUGAAAGAGGUGGAACACUGGGAUAUUAAACCCAACAACAAGUACUUUGUGACUCGGAAUUACUCCACCUUGGUGGCAUUUGCCGUGGGUGGUCAUUAUCAGCAAGGCAAUGGAUUUACCAUGAUCGGAGCCCAUACUGAUAGCCCUUGCUUGAGGGUAAAACGCAGAUCCCGCCGCGGCCAAGCUGGGUAUGUGCAGGUGGGAGUUGAGUGCUAUGGAGGUGGAAUAUGGAGCACCUGGUUUGAUCGGGAUCUGACUGUGGCUGGGAGAGUGAUUGUCAAGGAUGGUCAUCGUCUUCAGCAUCGUCUGGUUUAUGUGGAGCGUCCAAUUUUGCGAAUUCCUCAUCUUGCAAUUCACCUUCAAAGGAAUGUAAAUGAAAGCUUUGGUCCUAACUCGGAACAGCAUCUGCUUCCUAUUCUGGCUUCUGCAGCACAGGAAGGUUUGGAGAAAGAAUCUCUGGAUUCGGGCUCCUCUUGUCAUUCUUCAGCGGGCAGUCAGUCUGUGGUGGAAAAACACAACCCACUCCUGAUUACCUUGCUCUGUGAAAAACUGGGUGUGAAAUCUGAACAAAUCAUAGAGAUGGAUCUGUGUCUGACAGACACCCAACCUGCGACUUUGGGAGGUGCUUAUGAGGAAUUUAUCUUUGGACCCCGUCUGGAUAACCUGCACAGCUGUUACUGUGCUCUGCAGGCGCUGCUUGCUUCCUGUGACGCACCGACUUCUCUCGCCAAUGACACCAAUGUCAGAAUGAUCACCUUGUAUGACAACGAGGAGGUGGGGUCAGAGAGUUCCCACGGGGCACAGUCUCUUCUGACUGAGCUGAUCUUGCGCCGUAUUUCUUCAACACCACAAAACCUCACGGCUUUCGAGGAAUCUGUUCCCAAGUCAUUCAUGAUCAGUUCGGACAUGGCACAUGCUGUGCACCCCAACUACAUGGAUAAACAUGAAGAAAACCACCGACCCCUCUUCCACAAGGGUCCUGUCAUUAAAGUGAACAGCAACCAGCGCUACGCCUCAACCGCUGUGACAGAGGCUGUCCUGCGUGAGAUUGCCGGACGUGUUGGAGUUCCCCUGCAGGAAUUCAUGGUGAGGAAUGAUGUGCCAUGUGGUACAACCAUUGGGCCCAUUCUGUCGAGUAACCUGGGCCUGCGGGUGCUGGAUUUGGGCUGUCCACAGCUGGCUAUGCAUUCCAUCAGGGAGAUGUGCUGCACCUCGGGGGUCCUGCAGACUACCUCCCUGUUUCAGGCAUUCUUUGAACAGUACCCUUCCGUGAAUAGCAGUUUGCUGGUGGACUAAGCCCUUAUAAGCAAACACUCUGAUCCCUGUUACCCACGUAAUCAGUGUUGCGUUGGUGGAUUAAGACAUGUCGUAUCUGCAAAAUAAAACCCAUUUUUUGUA